CAGUUAAUUUUGCUGACCCUACAAGGAUCUACACCUCGGCCGGUAUCGGAGAUAUCAAAAAGCUUACGCGGAGUUAGGGCACUCGAUUAAAGCCCGCCUUGUUUGCAUCGCCGCUGAAUGUGCUGACCCUACCACUACCACUUGAGCUGUUUUAUGGUCGCCCUCGCCCUCCUGGGUUGCGCUGUCGCUGAGCCCCCUGUAGGCUACAGCUACUCCUCCCCAUCCAUCUCCAUCGGCGGCCUCAGCAGCGGCGGUCACUACUCCUCUGUGCCCGUCGGCCACCAGACCAGCGAGGGCUACCAUGUUGACCCUCAUCUCCUCCACAAAAUCAAGAACAUUAUCUUGAAGGACGAGAUCCAGAACCAGGCCUACUCUUCCUCAUCCGGCCACGGCCACGGACACGGAAUCUCCAGCCACUACGGAGUCCCCGCCCCCGUCUACGGCGUGCCCCAGGAGAGGAUCGUCGGCAUCGAACUCGACCACGUCCAACAGGCCAUCCAGGUCGCCCAGUACCACCAGGCUGAGGAAGGCUACGCCAGCGGCUACAGCGGCUACUCCAGCGGCGGACACGGUGGCUACUCCAGCGGUGGUCACGGUGGUUACUCUAGCGGUGGUCACGGCGGUUUCUCCAUCGGCGGUGGUUACUCCAGCGGUGGUCACGGAGGCUUCUCCAGCGGCGGCCACGGAGGCUACUCCAGCGGCGGACACGGAGGCUCCAUCUCCUACACCACCAUCGGAGUCCCCUCAGGAUCCUACGGAGUCCCCUCCGAAUCCUACGGCGUCCCCCACUAAACGAACCACAUUGUUAGUCAUUUCAUCUCAUUGUGUGUAAAUCAUGUGAUCGCAUCUUAGAUGUUACUAUGUAUUAUAUUUGUUGUUAAUAAGUUUCUGUAAAUAAAAACAAUCUAUUUUGUA